ACUCCGUUAGCUCCCAGUACAGUUAGCUCAUACCGUUAGUCUGGUUUCUGGUCAGAUAACAUUUCUAUUUUAUAUAUAUAUAUAUAAAUAUACAUAUAGUUGUUGAACCGCAAGUUCUUGAAAAUGUUACAAUAAUGUUACAUUAGCUAUAAUAACUAAUAAGCUUACUGGCUUUAUCGAACGGUAGCGAGCAUGCUAAUGUUGACGUGAUGAAGGAUCAGGAGUUUGGGACAUUAGCUUACACGAAAAGCCCCAAAACGUCUAAAAGAACGACAUUUCAGGAUGAACUUCAGGCUGCUGUAUCCUCCAGAGCCAGCAAGACAAAAACAAAGCAGUUCAACUAUGAAGACCUCGAUGAUGAUGAAGAUGAUUUUCUGAACCAACUAAUCAAAUCAAGAAAAAAGAAGACUGAUGGAUUCAAUGUUGCAAAGAGUAAAGCAAAAUGUAGCGCCUUUGACCUUUCUGACGAUGAAGACAGACAUAGUAGGACGAAGAAAGUUUCCUUCCUGAAAACCCAAAGAAACAGCUCGCAAUCAGAUGACACAGCUGGAUCAGAACCACAUGAGGACAAGCCACCAGAGUCCCCUGUUGAUGGAUUUGACAGUUAUAAUGGCUCCUUUUCAUCGCAGCACCCAACAAAUGUCAGUGAAGAGAACACACAGUUUAAAAAUAGUGAUUUGGAGUCUGGCAAUUCUCAGGUCACAAGAGGAAACUCUAGUCUGUCGUUUCAAACAUCAGAUGAUACUCUACCUUUGCCCCUACCGUCUGACGGCAGUGUAGCGGACACUCCAGGUCCAGCAGAGAAGACGAGGAACUCUGUGAUUGAUAAUGUUACAGAAAGAGACCCACCUAAACCUAAACCUCGGCAAAGGACAUUUGGAUUGAAGUUUCACCCUCCAGAGAAACCAUCUGAAGAAACUGCAUCUCAGGAUCUCAGCAGGCAGCAGACAUCUUCUGCAUCAAUCCCACUCUCUACUGAUACAUCCAGCAACAUUGUGUGGACAGAUGGAGAUCACGCAGCAUCAUCUAGCCUCCCCAAGUCCUCUUCAAAUAAGAGUGAAGAGUCACAACCUCCAAACAAGCAUACGUCUGAUUCUGGUUCCAAAGAUGGGUUUAUUCCAGAUGACAGCAAGGAUCCAGAAGGAAAAUACUCUUCAUCAUUUGAAGAAUUUAAUGAAUGCUCAGGAAAUCAAAAAGAUCAGCUCUCUCAUUCUCCUGAAAAAUCAUUUGAUACCAGGACAUCAAGUCCUCACUCCAAAACCAUAGAGAGAUCUCAGAGUGUGUGCUCCAGAAAAGUGGAAUCGAAGUAUUUGGGGUCUCUCAAAGUUCUGGAUCGUAAAGUCUCCCUACAAGACUCUGAGCCACAAGUUGGAGAUUCUGUUAGAGCAGCUGUUUACCAGGAAUGGCUACAAAAGAAAAAAGAAAAGUCAAGGGAGAACAUACAGCUAAAGAAAAGGGAGGAGCUUCGAAAGGAGAAAGAAAUAAAGGAUAAAGAGGCUAAAAAGGAAGAUGCCAUUGCAUCAUAUGAAGCUUGGAAAGAAAAGAAAGCAGAAUACUUCAAAGCAAGAGCCAAAGAAAGGAAAGAUAUGGUCAUAAAAGAGCAAAGAGCGACUGAAGAAAAAGAAGAAAAAAAACAGACUGCUAAACAGGUUUUUGAGAGGUGGAAGCGUGAGCAUGAUGAUCUGCUCAAAGAGAGAUACAGAAAACGGGAAGAGGCUGAAAAUGAACGGAAGCUACAAAAACAAGAUAAACUGGAAGAGAAGACAAGAGAAAGCAAAUCUGCUUUUUCUAACUGGUGCGAAAAGAAGAAAGACGUUGUUCAUGAAAAACUUUCAAUGGAACGCAAAGAAUUAAAAAAUCAAGAAGAAGAGGAGCAAUACCUGAAAGAGGAAAGAGAUAAAAUGGCCUUAGAGAUGUAUGAAAACUGGCUGAGAAGAAAAGAUCUAGAACAGAAGAGACGAAGAGACGAAAGACGUAUACAAGAAAUACUCAGUGACAGUCCACCUCCGCCGUGGAGCCCUCCCAGUAAAACCAUACCGUUUCGAAAAUGACUUUUGAAAUGUAACAAAGCACCACUAGAAAAUUUGGUAGUGCUAUUUUACGUUUGAGAUUGAUACAAUAUUAUUUCUUUGUAUGGAGGGAAAUUUGUUUGCAGCAGGCGACUUGGCAUUUCCACACUCCAACAUAAUAUGAAUAAUAAACAAUAUACACAUGCACUUGCAUUACACAUUAAAAGGAACAUUUUGGCCAGACCAGCUAUUAUUUUUAUAAAGUCUAUAUUUAAGAGUUUCAUCACUUUAAAACAUAGUUUGUACCUGUUCUUAUAAAAACAGAAGGGGUCAAGGGCACCAUGCAGAUUACAGCAGUUUAAAAAAAAAAACAGACACAUGUUGAUGCCUCUCUUCUCUCAUAAUAGUGUUUGCUUCGUUCAUAACCCAAUCCCUAUAACUACUUUCCAGACUUGGUAAUGUAGAUCCCAACCGUUUACUGGCUGUUUUUACCGUCUUUCUAACAAUCUUCUUAGUGCCUGAACUUUUCCAAACAAACAAUUGAUCUGAAAAGUCAGAAGACUUUUAAAUAAAAGCAGUGACCACCAUGAGCUUUUUAUUGUACCCAGCUAGUGUACCCGAUAAGAUAAGAGUUCUCACUAUUUAAUAUUUUAUUUCUUAUUUUUAUUCUAUUUGCAAAAGAAAAAAGUUAAUAGCCCAGUUUU